AGUUUGUUUGUUGGCAGGUUGUGGUCGAAGUUGGUGAAGAGUGGCGACGGACGGCGAAGGCCUCGUCGACGAACCCCUCCAGCAAGCUUAGAAAACACCUGCUGCACACACGCUGCCGAUGCCGUUGUCGUCGUCGACAUCUAUCGCCAGUUUUAGGGGAGCAACCUGGUCAAUAAUGUUGCAAGUUCCAUAAAACGCUACUGUUUCUCGUUCCGUAUCGUGGUUUUUGUUCGUCCUGUUUCUGUUGCUGUUGUUCUCUUUUAAUCAAGUUAGUGUUGCCGUAAUAGUCAACACAGUCAGCUCGGUAAAUUUACUAGACUUAAAAUCCGCGCUCACGUACGUACAACAAGCAGUGUAAUGUGUUGCUGAGUGCUCGUGGAUAAGGUCAGUGAUAUUGCAAGAAUAAAUAAAUCAUACGUGGACGAACGUCAAGUUCAACUACCUACUCAGUUGUGGAUUUCCACAGUCGGCUAUUGAGGAUAUUGUUUAUCAAAAAUGGAUGUUGAUUUUUUGAAAAUAAUGUCUUAUCAGCAAGGACCUCUGUUUUAUCACGACUCAUGGAUUAUCCAAUACUUCUUUUAAGGUGGUGGCAGUCGCGGCAAGGAUGUGGAGCCGAGCACUUCUGCUCGUGCUAGUGACCGCGCUCCAUGCCGUUGGCGAAAGCGCCCACCAGGAUAACAACAGUAAUUUCGAUACUCAGCUCAAAGUAGGCCGUUCGAUCGAUCUAUUUACAAGGUAUGGUUAUUUAAGCCUUAGUAUGAAGGUUGUGCCGAGAAAUGACAGCGUACCAACUUGGAUUUUUCGUGAACCAACUGUAGACAUUUUCAACAACGUAGACCACCUCGUCCGCUCCAGACAAGCUCCAAAGAAUGUGGUCUUCGAGGGCGACUUCCACAUGGAAUUCUGCGACAAUCUCAACCAAUUGCUCCAGGCCUAUUUUCGCGAUUUCAGUUUCGAAAAACUAAAAAGACCGUGGCGCGCGUUUACCGGAAGUUGGCUACCGGAAGCCAUUGCCAGAAAUCUGGGUAUCAAUUCGUCGUUUACACACGGGGACUAUUGUUACGUAUUGGUGCGUUUGAGUAGGUUUCGCGACAGGUCGGAACUGGGUAGGUUACCUGAAAACGUUAGCUUGGUGGAAAUGGUGCAAAAGGAAAUGGACGGUAUUAAAGUGGGUGAUUAUGCCAGUGUUCUUAUGUUCAUUAAAAAGUUUGGAUCGCAUUAUAUCAAGUCGUACGUGACGGGGAAUUCCUUGUAUCAGGUGUUCGUGUACAAGCGGUCAGUUUACCAGAACAUUAAAUCGAAACUACAAAAGGAAGGAGUUUCAGACGUGGAUACUCGCGAACUCCUUCUGAGCUAUUUCAGUCCAUGGUAUGCCGAACAUAUGGGCAAAAUCAAAGUUUCAAGCGGCAAUAAAACGGUGGAAAACUGGGCGCAGUCGAAACUUCGUGUAAGAUACUACAUAUUUUCCUACCCAUGUCUGCUGAAAAUCCAUGGAGAUCCGCAUUUGUUAGGUGUCUUAAACAAUCUGCUCGGCAACGAAGCCUUGUUGCAGAUAAAAAUGAAUGCCAUUUCUCCAGCCUUCAAGGACCCCGUUAAAAAGCAAUGGUUUAAUGAAGUUCUCGAGAAUAUGCUCGACCUUUGGGAAGUGAAUCUGUGAUCUAUGCGGUCUUUUUUACUCUUAGGUUAAAGUUAAUGACGGUGAUGAUGAUGUGUUUUGUUUGUUGCUUUUUUAUUAUCGUCGUCGAUCGAUUUCGAGAUUGUUCUCAGUCUAAAGAAGAGGAAGUUUUCUAUUAUAUCAUGAUACUUAGGUGUUAGUGCCAUUAGUCGCGCUACCGAGGUUGCAGACGAAUGAAGAAGAUUUUGCCGUACUUUUUAAGUGUUUUUGGCGGGAAAUUAAUAUUAUUACAAAAACACACCAUUUUAUAAUAAAGUGAGUACAAACUUCAAAUUCUUACAAAUUUGACUUUUUUUCAAAAUAUAUCUACAAUUAAAAACUGAAUUCAAAAACAAACAUAUUCAAAUCUUUCACGAAAAUAAGUUGCUUCAAGUUUUUGUUUGUAUAUUCGAAAUUGUAGACUCGCUUGGCACUUGGUGAAACAUUUUUAUAAAAUUAAAGUAAAGGAAUUAAAACUCUUGGCAAGUUUCACAAUGUUCAUUUA